AGUCUGUAUCAAGGGUAAUGCUGUGUACCAUAUAAUUUCCCGUUUCUAUAGCUUUGCUCAUUGGCCUAAGCCCUUUUACAGUAAAAAAUCCUGUAACAUAAUUGCAUUUACUUAAAAAUCAAUGACAGCUUUAUUUGUUUUCUCCUCAAGCCUAGCACUAUUGUCUUCAUAGUUCAAAUCACAGUUCAUUCAAGGAGGCCAGUCAGUCAUGUUUCCAUUUCCAAAAACAAUGAAAAUGCUUUUGCUUUAUUCAUUCUUUUCUGCUCUUCAUCAUUUUGUUCAUGCCAUUGCCGCUCCCUAUGAACUUUGCUCAAACACAACUAUCUCUACAACUAAUAGUAUAUUUGAUUAUAAUCUCGAAAUGCUUCUUGAUUCUCUGUCCUCAAUUGCCCCUGUCUCCAAGUUCUACACCACCAAGAUGGGAAAUGACCAAGACAAACUUUUUGGUCUCUUUCUCUGCUAUAACUUCGUUGCAACACAGCAGUGUGAGAACUGCAUAGCAAGUGCAACACAAGACAUCAAAAACCGUUGCGAAAACAGAAACAAAGCGGUUGUGUGGGAGGAAAAUUGCCAGUUGCGCUACUCCAAUGAAUCAUUCUUUGGCACCAUGGACGUGACAGGAAACAUUUUUCAAUACAACUCGGAAAAUGUUUCAGAUGAUGAACUAGGCCAGUUCAUUUCUGUCGUGAAUACAGGUUGCAUAAGCUUAGCAGGCUGGCAGCAUUCAAUGCUUCAUAUGGUAUGUAUGCCACUGAAGCGGUGAACUUCACAGACACUGAAACAAUAUACGCUCUCGUGCAGUGCACUACAGACUUGUCUCCAGAUGACUGUAAAACAUGCCUUGAAACAGCAAUAUCAAACACUUCAACUUGCUGCUCUAAGUCUCGUGGCGCUAGGCUUUUCAGCCGUAGUUGCUUCUUAAGGUAUGAGUUCUAUGCGUUUUAUGAGGAUGCAAGUAAAAGUUCAACAGAAAAUCAGAGGGUAUUUGCAAAAAGCAGCAGGUAUUGGAUGAUUGUUGGCCUUGCAAUUGGAUCAGCAAUUAUAGUUGUACCACUUGUGGUAUUUUGUGUCUACUGUUUUGCUAUAAGGAAUCAAACUAAGACAAAGGAAAGCCAAGUUUCUGGCCAAGAAAUUAAAUUACAUGAAAUUGGGGACCCCAACAAGAUAGACGUGCAUCAUCAGAAUUUGCAGGCAAGGGACAACUUGAAUUCUCAGAAUUUCCCGUUCAUUGAUUUGGUGACACUAAGUGCAGCUACAGAUAACUUCUCGGCUUCAAAUAAGUUUGGACAAGGUGGUUUUGGUCCUGUUUACAAGGGUCAAUUACUUGAUGGGAGGGAAGUUGCAGUGAAGAGGCUCUCAAGUUGUUCAGAGCAAGGUUUAGAUGAAUUCACCAAUGAAGUUUUAUUAAUAUUGAAACUUCAACACAAAAAUCUUGUAAGACUUUUGGGGUUUUGCGUAAAUGGAGAGGAAAAGCUGCUCAUCUAUGAAUACAUGCCCAAUGGCAGCCUUGAUGUCUUCCUAUUUGAUCCUAGGAAGCGUGCACAAAUGAAUUGGAGCAGGCGUCUAAAUAUCAUCAAUGGAAUUGCAAGAACUUUGCUCUCAAACACAACUAUUUCUACAACUAAUAGUAUAUUUGAUUAUAAUCUCGAAAAGCUUCUUGAUUCUCUGUCCUCAAAUGCUUCUGUCUCCAAGUUCUACACCACCAAGAUGGGAAAUGAUCAAGACAGACUUUUGGGUCUCUUUCUCUGCUACAACUUCGUUCCAACACAGCACUGUGAGAACUGCAUAGCAAGUGCAAUACAAGACAUCAAAAACCAUUGCGAAAACAGAAACGAAGCGGUUGUGUGGGAGGAAAAUUGCCAAUUGCGCUACUCCAAUGAAUCGUUCUUUGGCACCUUGGACGUGACAGGAAACAUUCCGCAAUACAACUUGGAAAAUGUUUCAGAUGAUGAACUAGGCCGGUUCAUUUCUGUCGUGAACAACACAUUGCAUAAGCUUAGCAGGCUGGCAGCAUUCAAUGCUUCAUAUGGUAUGUAUGCCACUGAAGCGGUGACCUUCACAGACACUAAAACAAUAUACGCUCUCGUGCAGUGCACUGCAGACUUGUCUCCAGAUGACUGUAACACAUGCCUUGAAACAGCAAUAGCAAACACUUCAACUUGCUGCUCUAAGUCUCGUGGCGCUAGACUUUUUAGCCGUAGUUGCUUCUUAAGGUAUGAGUUCUAUGCGUUUUAUGAGGAUGCGAGUAAAAGUUCAACAGAGAAUCAGAGGAUAUUUGCAAAAAGCAGAAGGUAUUGGAUGAUUGUUGGCCUUGCAAUUGGAUCAGCAAUUAUAAUUGUAGCACUUGUGGGAUUUUGUGUCUACUGUCUUGCUAUAAGGAAUCAAACUAAGACAAAGGAAAGGCAAGUUUCUGGCCAAGAAGUUCAAAUACAUGAAAUUGGGGACCCCAACAAGAUAGAUGUACAUCAUCAGAAUUUGCAGGCAAGGGACAAUUUGAAUUCUCAGAAUUUCCCGUUCAUUGAUUUGGUGAGACUAAGUGCAGCUACAGAUAACUUCUCGGCUUCAAAUAAGCUUGGACAAGGCGGUUUUGGUCCUGUUUACAAGGGUCAAUUACUUGAUGGGAGGGAAGUUGCAGUGAAGAGGCUCUCAAGUUGUUCAGAGCAAGGUUUAGAUGAAUUCACCAAUGAAGUUUUAUUAAUAUUGAAACUUCAACACAAAAAUCUUGUAAGGCUUUUGGGGUUUUGCAUAGAUGGAGAGGAAAAGCUGCUCAUCUAUGAAUACAUGCCCAAUGGCAGCCUUGACGUCUUCCUAUUUGAUCCUAGGAAGCGUGCGCAAAUGAAUUGGAGUAGGCGUCUAAAUAUCAUCAAUGGAAUUGCAAGGGGAAUGUUAUAUCUUCAUGAGGAUUCUCGGCUUAGAAUCAUUCAUAGGGACCUAAAACCAAGCAAUGUGUUACUAGAUAGUGAAUUAAACCCAAAGAUCUCAGAUUUUGGAAUGGCAAGGAUCUUCGGAGGAAGUGAUGGUGCAACUAACACUUCUAAGAUUGUUGGAACAUAUGGUUACAUGGCUCCAGAGUUUGCAAUGGAAGGAUUAUAUUCCAUCAAGUCUGAUGUUUUCAGUUUUGGUGUCCUUUUGAUUGAGAUCCUAACUGGGAGGAGGAAUGCUAAUUUCCAUCUCACUAAGUGUGCUCCUAGCCUUAUAGCAUAUGUUUGGCAAUUAUGGAAUGAAGGGAAAGGGUUGGAAUUGAUUGAUCCAUUAUUGCCGGAGUCAUGUGAUCUUGAUGAGUUCUUAAGGUACAUGCAUAUUGGUUUAUUGUGUGUUCAAGAAGAUGCAUACGACAGGCCAACUAUGUCAUCGGUUGUGGUUAUGCUAAAAAGUGAAGUUGUAACUCUUAGCCAACCCGAACGACCUGCCUUCUCUGUGGGGAGAUUCACUGAUCAUUAUGAACCAAAUGAUAAAGAUUAUUCAGUGAAUGAAUCAACAAUUUCUGAUAUUAUGCCUCAGUGAUCGAUUAUGCCAAGUUGAGUAAUUGUUUCUAUUAGGAUAAAUUCCCAUUAGUCCCUGGAAUUUAAGUAAACUAUCACUUUAGCUUUUGUGGUUUCAAUUUGAACAAUUUAAACUCUAUACUUUCAAUUCUGUUGCAAUGUGGUCCCUUCUUCACUUAUCGUUAAACUUUGAAACGAAAAAAGACCAUUUGCAAAACUAGAGAGACCAAAGUGAAAUUUGUUUUGAAUUUCAUAAUGGUCCCUCUAAUUUUGCACAUGAUUUUUUUUUUUAUUCAAAAUAUUAACAACGCAAUGACGAAAAGAUCACGUUGUAACAAAAUUAAAAAUAGAUGAACUAAAUUGUUUAAAUUAGAAUUACCAAAACCAAAAUAAAAUUUUGAACCUAAAAGGGCUAGUAGUGUAAUUUACCCUAAUUAAGACCCCAUGCAAAUUGUCACUACCAGUCUUUUUCUUUCACAUCCUUCUACCUCAUAUGACUUGGUCGUUUAUCGUGCGAGGCGACCGAGGAAUUGUAAUCCGAUGUGGAAGGAAUAAUUUCCUAACUUAUUUCAAUUCUUAUCUGAAAUUUUCAAAGUUUACUUUGUCAUUAGUGAGGAAUUGUAAUCAGAUGUGGAAGGAAUAAUUUUCAUGUUGGAGUUUGUAUAUUUUAAUAUUAAAAUAAUUUUAUAUAAAUGGUUAUUUAUGUAGUUUAAAUUA